AUGCAUCAGGCUUUACUUGUUCCCGAAGUCCUCCUAGAGAUAUUUGCCUAUGUGAACACAAUACCAUCUACUCAAACAACGUCGAACCAGAAAUUGCUUGCAGCGCUUGCAAGGACAUGCAAAAUCUUCCACGAGCCCGCGAUGGAUUUGCUGUGGACUGAAAUCCAUGGUGGUAUAAGGUGGGACGAACCCUGGGCGGAACCCUGGGCGAAAGGUGUCGAGCCAUUAUCUGCCCAUGAGGCCCGUGAAUUUCUGCGUCACUCCUCUCGUAUACGCACGUUGGACAUACAAUCUGAUCAUCCGCACCUUCUCUCUGUCAUCCCCGCCGAGGCAUGCGUAUUUCCGAGGCUGAAGUCAUUAAGUCUUUCCACCAUAUAUUUAAACCUCUUUCUGCCUCACAUGCUGCAUCGAUGUCAUCUAUUGAGCGUCGACGAGGGUCUACAAUCUUUUGUGACACGUUGCAUUGCUCUGGAGGAUUUAUGCAUCUACACUCCCGAAUGGCGCCAGGUUGACAGCACAGCAAAUGAGAUGUCCCUGCUAUCCGAUAGGAUUCAUUGGUGCACGCGGCUUGUAACUAUUUCUUGUCCAAUGCUCGACUGGGCAACAUGGAAACACCUCUCCUCCCUCCCUACUCUUCUCAAAUUGAGAAUUAAUCAAGGAUGCAAUAACCCUCCUUCGCUGUCAAAACAAGAUAUCGUGAAUAUAUCAUUCCUUAAUAUCACAAGCCUUUCCUUUCAAGAUCUCUAUGAUGCUGCAGAUAUCAUCACAGUCAUGCAACACUCGCAAUUUCCCUCGCUAAAAGAGUUCGAGUUUGAAGCCAAAUACAUCUCUUCAGAAGAUGCCGAGCAACUCUUUCAUGCUCUGUCCCGCUGCAAAGCGUGUCGGACUCUAGAAGAAAUCACCAUUUGUUCCCUUGCUGAGGGAUACCUUGUACCCCUAUACAGAGAGCGUUUGACACCAAUUCCGCAUUUCUUUUGCUUUACGCAGCUCCGAACCCUGGAGCUCACAUUUUAUAAUUCCUGCAUAUACCUGGAUAAUGACAUGCUCUUGCAAGCCAUGUCCACUUGGCCGCACAUCCGCGCUCUGGAAAUCAAUGACUCAGGUGGCUAUCGUUCUUCUUCCGAAGUCACCCUCCGUGAAUUGUCCACAGCGCUCGGUCUAUGUCCACAAUUGCGUAGACUACGAGUUCCAAUCAAUCUUGCAACUAUCGACAUCGAUCCUGAUGCUGAGCCAAUACAACAUACCUCCCUACAAUCAUUGGCUUUAGACUUAUCCGAGUUUCAAACAGCAGAUGCUGAAACUAUCGCUCGCAUUAUUUCCGCCUGGUUCCCUUGUGUCGACCAAGUUUACAACAUAUAUGGUUUGAGUUGGCUUGCAGUCAACAGGUAUCUUAGAUCUUUGAGAACGGCUACUGCGCCGUAA